AUGCCAGACCACCACAACAUUCACGAGUCCAUAGACCAGGACUUUUCCCACCAGAACAUCGAGAAUGGAGCAGCGAAGGGCAUAAGCUACUAUACUCCAGCGCAACAGCCACCAGCUGGCACAGCCUCGGAUCCCCAACCUGAUGGCUCCCAUCCUCCAAAGCUCUUUCAACCCUUGAAGUUGCGAGGCGUGACUUUGCAGAAUCGCAUCAUGCUCUCCCCAUUGUGUCAGUACUCCGCAGAGAACGGCCAUCACACCGCCUGGCACUUCACCCACCUGGGCGGUAUAAUUCAACGAGGGCCGGGGCUGGCGAUGGUCGAGUCUACAUCAGUAACAGCAGAAGGCAGAAUCACACCCGAAGACUCAGGCCUCUGGCUAGACUCGCAGAUGGAACUCUUGAAAAAGAUCGUUGAGUUUGCUCACAGUCAAGGCCAAAACAUUGGAAUUCAGCUUGGUCAUGCUGGAAGAAAAGCAUCGACCGUGGCACCUUGGCUGAGCUCGGGGGCCGUUGCUACGAAAGAGGUCAAUGGCUGGCCUGACGACUGUUAUGCGCCCAGUGCCAUUCCUUAUAGCGAGAAGCUGCCGUUCCCAAAAGAGAUGACAAUAGAUGACAUUGAGGACGUGAAGAAGGCUUUUGUGGCCUCUGUCAAGCGGGCUGUUGCUUGCGGCUUUGACGUGAUUGAGAUCCACAAUGCACACGGCUACCUCCUCCACUCCUUCGUCUCCCCAGCCAGCAACAAGCGCACAGAUUCGUACGGCGGCAGCUUCGAAAACCGCACCCGUCUCACACGCGAAAUAGUCGAACUUACUCGCGCCAACAUUCCCAAGGAGAUGCCACUAUUCUUACGGAUUUCCGCUACCGACUGGCUCGAGGAAGAAAAAGACAUGGAGGGCUGGACGGUCGAAGACACCGUCAAACUUGCCGGAAUCGUAGCAGACAUGGGAGUCGACCUCCUGGACGUGAGCAGUGGCGGGAACCACCCCAGACAAAAAGUCCAGACGGGUCCCGGAUAUCAGGCGCCGUUUGCCAAAGCGGUCAAGGAGGAACUGGGCGACAGAGUGGCUGUUGGCACUGUCGGGACUAUUACUAGUGGCAAACAGGCACAGGAACUGCUUGAGGGGGGCCUCGAUCUGGCGAUUGUGGGCCGCAUGUUCCAGAAGAACCCGGGGUUGGUGUGGACCUUUGCGGAAGAACUGGGCGUGCAGGUCAACGUGGCCAACCAGAUUCGCUGGGGGUUUGGUGGAAGGCCGGGUGCGCCGAAGAAGGGAAAGAUGUAG